GUUCGGCAUAUUGGCGCCACAUGCAAAGCUACAGCAUGCUGAAAAUCUGAAAUCUGGAGAUGUUUUAUUAGAUUUGACCAAGUUCUGUUAUCGUGCUGAAGCGCUUUAUGCUGAUGUAUAUCCUAAAUUGCACAAAAGCAAUGUUGGAGAAAACUAAACGCAAAACGACACCAACAGUAACACUGAAGGGACGAAUCAAGUGAUAGGUGGUUGAAGAAUUCACAUGAUAUACAUCCCAUCUUUAAAGGCAGACGUAGCAAACUAUACGAGUGAUCGAGGUACCCUCCAAUUGUAAAUCAAAAUGAAAAGGAUUGGAAGGUCAAACUGACCGAUCAGGGGUCCCCUGAGCGUAAGCGUUCUCGUUCUUUUAGGGCGCGAAUACAUGGCCUGCUGCCAGUGGAUCAAAGUCCGUUGAUGUUGUUGUUGUUUUCAUUAUUCCUUGUUCUUCCGUUCUGUUUGAUUUCCCACCGGAGUUACCAGGUUUUAAGAACCCUGGGGCAUCUUUCUCGGGAGACCAUUGAAUGCAAAUAAUGUAACCAUUAGUUUGAAAUUCAACCUCUUUCCCAUGGUCUUUCCUCACUCGCUCUUAUAAAAGAAAGAGAUGGGAUCCUGGGAACAAGGUUGUCUGAGAACUUGGACAAUGUCGGACGAAAGUAAAGCAAACGAAGGGCAAUUGACCCUGAUACGUCCAGUAGUCGACAAGGAUGAGGCAGUUCGUCUAGCUUGUACACUGUAUGGCCUAAAAUUAUCAGAUAUCUGUCAUGUCAAGGAAUUUGAAGGUUAUGAUGAUCGAAAUUUUUACUUGAAAGGAACGCUUCCACAUCACGUAGAUUUUGCACAUGACCGGCUUAGACAGAAUGGAGAUGAAUUCGUUUUGAAGAUUCUAAACCACGUGGAUUCCCAAGACAUUGUUUAUGUGCAAGGGCAGAACGAAGCUUUAUUAUUCCUAAAAGAAAUGGGAUUUAACUGCCCUGCUCCGAUUAAAGCUUUAAAUGGUGAAUAUGCUGUCACUUGCGCAAUUAAGUGCGGGAAUGCAGAGACAAGCGAUGGCAACAAACAGCUUGAGCGAAUUCAUGUCGUUCGACUUCUUAGUUUCGUUCCAGGGAAGCUUCUCGUGGAUGUUCCUUACAAGGCUGAACUUCUCUUCUCUCUGGGUUGCUAUACCGCCAAGAUGGAUAAAGUACUACAGGAAUUUAACCAUCCUGGUGUCAGUUCUUUAGCCAAGAAGGAGUGGGAUUUGUCCCAGAUACACACUAUUAAAAGUUACAUUCCUAGCGUAACUCAAGAUGACAGAGAACAAAAAAUGUUAACUCUCAUUUAUAUCAAGUUUACAAAUGAUGUUCUUCCACAGCUCAAGAAUUUCUCAAAACAAGUAAUCCAUGGUGAUCUUAAUUUUGAGAACAUACUCGUUGAGCCAAAUCAGGGUGGGGAGGAGUAUGAAGUAGUCAGCGUCAUAGAUUUUGGAGACAUGAGUGUCUCUUAUAGGUUGUUUGAUGUUGCUAUCAGUAUGAUGUACGUAAUUCUGCUUGGAGUACGACAAGGGCACCCGCACAAUGAGGCUAUACAGAUGGCUGGUCAUGUUCUCUGUGGCUAUCAAAGUAUUUGGAGCUUGACUCAGUCAGAGCUUGGGCUUUUGUACUGGUCAGUGGCUGCCAGAUUCUUCCAAUCCUUUAUAAAUGGAGUGUACAAACAGUCCUUGGAACCUGAGAAUCCCCAUUUGUCAGAUGAUUGUGAGUUAAUAAUGGGUAUUCUUCAAUCUUAUACAACCUUGACAGGAGAAGAGGUUUUGAAUUUGUGGUUAUCACUUGCCUAAACAUGCAAAUUCAAGCCCUGACUUGAAAAUGCCAGAAAGAAACAAACAUACGCAGCUAGGUGUUAUUUGCACAGCGCCUCAUAUAUCUACUGUGGGUAAUCAAUUGGUAAAAGAUCCUUCUACUUUCACUAUCUCUCAGAUAAUCUAAGUGAAAUGUAAGGUUUAUAUUUGUAUAGUUUUCUGCAGUAUGGGAUAAGUUUGGUGUUGUUCGGUAAAGUUCGCUGUAGUUUGGUGCACUAUCUUUUGCACUCAUUCUGAAACAACAAAAUGCUCUGUAGCUGGCUGAACACUGCAUUUAAGUAUGAGUGGGUCAUUAACAGUGUUAUUAAGCAAGUCAAUGCUUGACAAUCUCAAACUUCAUGAAGGAAGCCAUGCCAAAUCAUGCAUUUUUCACAUAGCAUGGACUGGGAGAUUUGCUGUGAACAUAAGUCUUCAAUGUUCUCUUCUCUCUGAAAUCUUAUCCUGCAACUUAUUGAGUCACUAUGUAGAAGAGUAUUUGCAGAGCAAACAUAAACAUCCUUGCAUCGUUACAAUGUUUUUACCUGCUGGUAGCAGCACUUAAAAGUUAUCAAGGCACCCCUUUAGAUUGACAUAGUCAAUAUCUAUAUAUAUUUUUUUAUCAUCAUUUUCAUCAUUAGUAUUAUUAUCAAACCAUCAUUUAGCCUUCCACUAGAAGACAGCUUAGGUAUCACUUCAUUGGUUUUUAGGGGUGUCACUUCAUCUUUAAAGUAGUUGGGUUUUGCUAAGACCAUUUUUGCAUAGGCUGGUUGUGGGAAAGGAAAGCUGCAGGCCUUUACAGGAAUACCCAAACACGCUUAGUGACAUUAGAAGCUAGAAUAAGUUGCUUGACCAACAGGACGAGGGGUUUACAUUUUUAAGGCUUAUGGAAGCACGUGCAUGGCAAGCACAAGGUGCUUAGGUCCUCGGAAUACCUUCCGACGGAAGGUGUUCCGAGGGGAAGAAAUGAGAAAAACUCCAGCAGAACGGAACAAAUAUUGAACAUUCGCUUCAAGGUAUUCUUUUGUCUGAGGGCCUACCGAGGUGCGCUACGCGUGAUGGUUUAACAGGAAUUAAAUCACAACUGCACGUGCCUGACUGUACAAAGAUUGUCGCUCACCACGAUUAUCAAGAGGAAACGGUAAAGACUUCCUGUUCUUGCUUUUAUCUCACAAAUAAAAAUUUAAUAUUAUACUUGAAAGAUCCAUGACGAUGAGUUGUUUCUAAAUUUUUUUUGCAGUUCAUUUCAGACAUAAAACACUAUCUCCUUCUGAGGUCACGAUUUGUAAUUUUAACACAAUUUUACUCACGUC